CUGUUUGGGUUUUCUCCGGGAUCUCAUUUUCCGGUUUCAAAUAGAGACAAAAGAUUAAAGCUUUCUCCGGUUUUGUCUUCUGGGUAGAAUAAGGCCAAGAAGGGAUCAGUUUUAGUUUUGUUUCAUUCUUUUUGUAGUGAAGAAAAAGAGUUUUCAAUAUCCAAAACAAAAAUGCCGAUUAGGCAAAUGAAAGAUAGCUCUGAGACUCACUUAGUCAUCAAAACCCAACCUUUAAAGAACCAUAAUCCUAAAACCGUCCAAAACGGCAAAAUUCCUCCUUCUCCGGUGACUACUCCGGCGACGGUGACUCAGAGUCAAGCUUCUUCACCUUCACCACCGUCGAAGAAUCGUAGCCGGAGGAGAAAUCGUGGUGGGAGAAAAUCUGAUCAAGGAGAUGUUUGUAUGAGACCUAGCUCUCGUCCUCGUAAACCACCACCGCCGUGUCAAACCACUUCCGCCGUCGUCUCCGCCUCCACCGCCGGUGAGAUUGUUGCCGUGAAUCAUCAGAUGCAGAUGGGUGUUCGUAAAAACUCAAACUUUGCGCCAAGACCUGGAUUUGGAACACUUGGUACUAAAUGCAUCGUUAAAGCUAACCAUUUCCUCGCUGAUUUGCCUACCAAGGAUUUGAAUCAAUAUGAUGUUACAAUAACUCCUGAAGUGUCAUCAAAGAGUGUAAACAGAGCUAUAAUUGCUGAGUUAGUUAGACUUUACAAAGAGUCUGAUCUCGGGAAGAGACUUCCGGCUUACGAUGGCCGGAAAAGUCUUUACACUGCCGGAGAACUUCCUUUUACUUGGAAGGAGUUUACUGUUAAGAUUGUUGAUGAAGAUGAUGGUAUCAUCAAUGGACCUAAAAGGGAGAGAUCAUAUAAGGUGGCUAUUAAGUUUGUUGCACGGGCAAAUAUGCAUCACUUAGGCGAGUUUCUAGCUGGUAAACGGGCAGAUUGUCCGCAAGAGGCGGUGCAGAUUCUUGACAUUGUACUCAGGGAAUUGUCGGUUAAGAGGUUUUGUCCCGUUGGAAGAUCUUUCUUUUCGCCUGAUAUUAGAACACCACAGCGACUCGGUGAAGGGUUAGAGUCAUGGUGUGGGUUUUACCAGAGUAUUAGACCAACUCAAAUGGGUUUAUCACUAAAUAUCGAUAUGGCUUCAGCUGCAUUCAUCGAGCCUCUUCCGGUAAUAGAGUUUGUAGCACAGCUUCUUGGAAAGGAUGUCUUGUCGAAGCCAUUGUCUGAUUCUGAUCGGGUUAAGAUUAAGAAGGGUCUCAGAGGAGUGAAAGUAGAGGUUACUCACAGAGCGAAUGUAAGGAGGAAAUACCGUGUUGCGGGUUUAACUACUCAACCUACAAGAGAGCUAAUGUUUCCAGUUGAUGAGAACUGUACGAUGAAGUCAGUUAUUGAGUACUUCCAAGAGAUGUAUGGAUUCACGAUCCAGCACACGCAUUUGCCAUGUCUCCAAGUUGGAAACCAAAAGAAGGCAAGCUAUUUGCCAAUGGAGGCAUGCAAAAUUGUCGAGGGACAACGGUACACGAAAAGGUUGAAUGAGAAGCAGAUUACCGCUCUCUUGAAAGUUACAUGCCAAAGGCCAAGGGACAGAGAAAACGAUAUUUUGCGGACGGUCCAACACAACGCAUAUGAUCAAGAUCCAUAUGCAAAGGAGUUUGGCAUGAACAUAAGCGAAAAGUUAGCUUCUGUUGAAGCUCGGAUUCUUCCAGCUCCAUGGCUUAAGUAUCACGAGAACGGGAAAGAAAAAGAUUGUCUCCCGCAAGUCGGUCAGUGGAAUAUGAUGAACAAGAAAAUGAUCAAUGGGAUGACGGUGAGCAGAUGGGCCUGUGUUAACUUCUCACGCAGCGUUCAAGAAAACGUUGCUCGUGCAUUUUGUAAUGAACUUGGUCAGAUGUGUGAAGUCUCGGGCAUGGAGUUCAAUCCAGAACCCGUGAUCCCAAUAUAUAGUGCGAGGCCCGAUCAGGUCGAGAAAGCUCUAAAGCAUGUUUAUCACACUGCAAUGAACAAAACCAAAGGCAAAGAGUUAGAGCUUCUGUUGGCAAUUUUACCUGAUAACAACGGUUCACUUUAUGGUGAUCUUAAGAGAAUCUGCGAAACCGAGCUUGGUUUGAUAUCUCAAUGUUGUCUCACAAAACAUGUGUUCAAGAUUAGCAAACAGUAUCUGGCAAAUGUAUCCCUUAAAAUCAAUGUCAAGAUGGGAGGAAGGAACACAGUUCUUUUAGACGCCAUAAGCUGUAGAAUUCCUCUGGUUAGCGAUAUACCGACAAUUAUAUUUGGCGCAGAUGUGACUCACCCAGAGAACGGGGAAGAGUCAAGCCCUUCAAUCGCUGCUGUUGUUGCUUCUCAAGACUGGCCUGAAGUCACAAAAUAUGCUGGUUUAGUUUGUGCUCAAGCUCACAGGCAAGAACUUAUACAAGAUUUGUAUAAAACAUGGCAAGAUCCUGUACGCGGAACUGUUAGUGGCGGUAUGAUCAGGGACCUUCUGAUCUCAUUUAGGAAAGCAACAGGGCAGAAACCGCUUCGAAUUAUCUUUUACCGUGAUGGAGUAAGCGAAGGGCAAUUCUAUCAAGUUUUACUCUAUGAGUUGGAUGCAAUUCGAAAGGCUUGUGCAUCGCUUGAACCAAAUUAUCAGCCACCGGUGACAUUCAUCGUUGUACAGAAGCGUCACCACACCCGUUUGUUUGCUAAUAAUCACCGAGACAAAAGCAGUACUGACCGAAGUGGAAAUAUAUUACCAGGUACUGUAGUUGACACCAAAAUAUGUCAUCCAACUGAAUUCGACUUCUACCUUUGUAGCCAUGCGGGUAUUCAGGGAACAAGCAGGCCUGCACAUUACCAUGUUCUUUGGGACGAGAACAAUUUCACAGCUGAUGGUAUUCAAUCUUUGACUAAUAAUCUCUGUUAUACCUAUGCGCGAUGCACCAGAUCGGUUUCUAUUGUUCCUCCGGCAUAUUAUGCGCAUCUUGCAGCAUUUCGAGCACGUUUCUACAUGGAACCAGAGAUAAUGCAAGACAACGGAUCACCCGGAAAAAAGAACACGAAAACUACAACUGUCGGAGACUCAGGUGUGAAGCCUUUACCAGCUUUGAAGGAGAAUGUGAAGAGAGAUUUCUCCCUUUGGUUAUCCAUUGAACCGAACAUGAACCGUAAAAUCGAAGUAAUUAUGGAAUCGCUGCGUCGCGUUCAUAGCAGUGAUGUACAAACCCUAGUUUCGGGUGCCAUACUCAAUCGAACUGUUUUCACAGCCUCAGAAUCAUUGAAUCAUAGUGUUCUUGAUGAGAGUUGUGUUCUAGCUGAAUUAUCUUCAUUGCUUCCAAUUUCAUCUACUAAAUCCUCAUUGGUGAAGGAAGACAAUAAUAGCUCAAGGAAUCAAGUAGCUAUUGAUUCGUUUUUGUCGCCGGAGGAAAAACUUAGAGGUGUGUUUCUUCAGAAAUUGAAAGGGAAUUUUGCAAUACAGAAGAGUUUGUCUAGUCUUGGUAUUGAUUUGAGUAUUGACAUUGUGUCCGAUGUUUUGAAUCGAGGGAAUUUAAGCGGUGAAGCGAUGGUUACGUUUUUUAAUUGGGCGAUUCGUGAGCCGGGUGUGAGUAAAGAUGUUGAUAGCUAUUGUGUGAUUCUAAGAGCGUUAGGAAGGAGGAAGUUUUUCUCUUUUAUGAUGGAUGUUUUACGGGGAAUGGCGGGUGAAGGUGUUAAUCCUGAUCUGGAGUGUUUAAUCAUUGCUAUGGAUAGCUUUAUUAGGGUUCAUUAUGUGCGUAGAGCGAUAGAGUUGUUUGAGGAAAGUGAAGGUUUUGGGGUGAAAUGUAGUACUGAGUCUUUCAAUGCAUUGUUGCGGUGUCUCUGUGAGCGUUCGCAUGUGAGUGCUGCUAACUCGGUGUUUAAUGCAAAGAAAGGUAAUAUACCUUUUGACAGUCGUAGUUAUAACAUUAUGAUUAGUGGGUGGUCGAAGCUCGGUGAGAUUGAAAGAAUGGAAAAGGUUUUGAAGGAGAUGGUGGAGGAUGGAAUCGGUCCUGACUGUUUGUCUUACAGCCACCUUAUCGAAGGUUUGGGAAGAGCUGGUCGUAUCAAUGAUUCUGUUGAGAUCUUUGAUAAUAUCAAACACAAGGAUAGUGUUCCAGACGCAAAUGUUUACAACGCUAUGAUCUGUAAUUUCAUAUCUGCUCGAGAUUUUGAUGAAUCUAUGAGGUACUACCGAAGGAUGGUGGAUGAGGAAUGUGAACCUAACUUGGAAACCUAUUCCAAGCUUGUUUUUGGGCUCAUUAAAGGCCGUAAGGUUUCUGAUGCGCUUGAGAUAUUCGAAGAGAUGUUGUCAAGAGGGAUUCUUCCCACCACAGGACUCAUUACCUCUUUCCUCAAGCCGCUUUGCAGCUACGGUCCACCACAUGCAGCAAUGGUUAUUUAUCAGAAAUCAAGAAAAGCCGGGUGUAGGAUAUCAGAAAGCGCAUAUAAGCUGUUGCUUAAACGGCUAUCAAGAUUUGGAAAAUGUGGGAUGCUGUUGAACGUGUGGGAUGAAAUGCAAGAGUGUGGAUAUCCUUCUGACGUGGAAGUCUACGAGUACAUUGUGGAUGGUCUUUGUAUCAUUGGGCAUCUGGAGAAUGCUGUGCUUGUGAUGGAAGAAGCCAUGCGCAAAGGGUUUUGUCCAAACCGCUUUGUUUAUAGUAGGCUUAGCAUAAUUAGGAAAUGGCAGCAGAAGUAUAGAAAAGGAAAGGAGGAGAUGGAAAAGUGGGAGGCACUUCAAGUUCGAUGGGUUUCCCUCUUCAGGAACGCUUCUUCUAUCAUUCAGAGAUUACAGGAAAUGCAAAAUCAUGGGAGCUAUGGAGCUUUGAGAUGCCUGAAAGGGAUUGAAGAUGCGGUUGUGCAACAACAGAUGGGUCAACUGGAGUCUCUACUGCGUUCCAUGAAAAACGUUAUGGAGGAAUUCUGGGGCUGUGUUUUGACAUUUGAGAAGCUACAUAGAGACGGUUUGCAGUUACUCGAAGUUGAAUCGAGCAAGAGGCGAGUAGAGGAACGAAUUGGAGUAAAACCUUGCAUUGCUGAUUGCUUGGAGGGACUUUCUAUUCUUUAUGACAUGCAUCAAUCAGAAUACCAUCUUAAAUCUUCAAUUCUUUCGGCACUUUCAUGUCUUAUCCUGAAACCAAGUCCUGGUGAUCUAAACGCGCUACAAUACUUCGUGGUUGAUCAGCCGAAUAUCCCAAAAGAAGAAGUGCAACACAUUUUCGAUGUCAUAUUCGCGGAAGAGAUCAAAUGAUGUGAAGAGGAACUGUUUUUGUUUUGAGUUGCAAAAAGAUAGUUGUUUCGUAAAAAGCAACUUAUCUUUCGGAAACGCUAUAAAAAUGUGACGACUAU